AUGGACUCAUCAGGGUCGACCUCAAAUGCGCUGGUUCGCAAGCGGACAGACAUGGAUUUGAUGCCUCCGCCUCCUGCAGCCAAAAAGAUCAAACGUCCGAAGAAAGUCCUCGAUGAGGAUACUUACACAGAAACACUAUCUCAAAUUAUUGCUCGAGAUUUCUUCCCUGGGCUUCUACAGACUGAGACACAGCAAGAGUAUCUCGAUGCGCUGGAGUCAAAGGAUGCUGCCUGGAUCUCAAGUGCAGGUCGGAGACUACAACAUGUCAUGACGCCCGGACGGCAAAACACACCUCUACCAUCACGGUCAGCUUCUUUUGCUGCAGGAGACCGCACACCCUCGGCCUAUGGAGGAGAUACGCCGGCUUCAGUAAUCUCAAAUGUCCCGGCAACACAACCACGGCUGAAAACCAAUAUGAGUCUGUCAAAGUUCCAGGAAACGUACACAAGCGAGGAUAAUGAAAGCUUUUAUAAGCUUGUCGACAAACAGAACCAGAAGAAGGCUGAAAAAUAUGCCUGGCUUUGGCGCGGCAACAAACUACCCUCAAAGCAGAUGAUCAAACAGAAAGAAGUUGAGGAUCGGCUUGGCCAAACACGAAGCCUUAUAGAUGAUGGCUUUAAACGCGAUCUACUUGCUAUCAAGGACAGAGAUGACCGACCAGCGCGUCCAGAUACUUGGAAGGCAGAUCCUCGAAACAAUCUGAUGUUUGGACCAGACGGAGUAGAGGAUGGAGUUGUCACUGUUUCUCAAAAGUCUGAGGAAUCUUCAAGGAUGGCGCCCAAGUCAAUAGUCUACGCGAAUACGAGAAUGCCAGAGCCACGUAUUGUGCAGCGACCGCCUUCCCCGACCAUGUCUGCAGUGCGAGAUGCUAUUGCAGGGAAGCCCCGGAAGGGCGACCAGGACUCGAGUGUCGUUGGUGGAGGGGAGACACCAAGGGUGAACGGAUACGCGUUCGUCGACGAUGAAGAUGAUGAGGACGAGCCGAUCCUUCCUGCUCCUAUCAUCAACCUGGGACCAGGAGAUGCGACACCGAAUCCCUUUCGGUUGCAAGAGCAGCGCGACAGAGAAACCUUGCACGAGCGCAUGGUGGAUAGAAUAUCACAAUCGAAAAAGGAAUCCACGAGGAAUGGACUUACCGGGAGGGUUGACAAAACACCCGUUCCAAAGUUUCCAAGCAGUCCUCGAGUUAACGGAGGCCUAACACCCGCAGCGCAGAGGCUUUGGAGUAAGAUAGGCACACCUGGACGCGGGUCGAGCGGCAACUCAUUUGGACAGUCCAAACCCAUGACUCCUAGAGGUUCGCUUUUGAGAUCGGUCAAGAGACCUGGCUCAACAUCAGGAUCCAAGUAA